AUGGAUUAUAUAGACUCGUCCCAAGAACAUGUCGACCCCAUCAACCUAGAAAAGGCGCCCACGCAUGGCAAUGAUGAGGCUUUAACGCGGCUCGAGACUUCGCAGUCGCAGAUAUCGCCACCAGACUCGCUAUUACGGGAGGUCAUUUUUGUAGCUGUGGUUUGCAUGGCGCAAUUUAUGACCCAGGCCGGUCUCUGCAUCUCUAUUGCUCCAGUUCAUAUCAUCGGCCGUAGCUUUGGCACCACUAAUCCCGCAAAUCUGAGCUGGUUUGCGGCUGCCUAUAGUUUGAGUGUCGGUACAUUUAUUUUGGUUGCAGGCCGACUGGGGGAUUUGUAUGGCCAUCGUCGAAUGUUUGUGAUCGGCUUCUGUUGGUUUGGCCUGUGGUCCUUGCUGGCUGGCUUUAGCGUCUGGUCCACCCAAAUCUUCUUUGACUGUUGUCGUGCUCUCCAGGGAAUUGGACCAGCUAUACUGCUUCCUAACGCUAUUGCAAUUCUUGGACGUACAUAUCCCCCCGGCCCGCGGAAGGAAAUGAUCUUCAGUCUGUUCGGUGCUACCGCUCCUGGAGGAUUCAUUGUGGGAGGUGUCUUCUCAUCCAUCUUUGCUCAGCUUGUAUGGUGGCCCUGGGCAUAUUGGGUGAUGGGACUCGUAUGUGCCAUGCUAGCUUUGAUCGGAAGACUAGUAAUCCCCCACAAUCCGCGACCAAAGUUUAGCGACGAUCUUCGUUUCUGGCAGCGUCUUGAUCUCCUCGGAGCCACUGCAGGUAUUUCGGGCUUGGUGCUGAUCAAUUUUUCCUGGAACCAGGCUGCGUUUGUGGGUUGGAAAACCCCUUACACCUAUGUGCUUCUCAUUGUUGGAUUUUUGUGUCUCGGCGCCUUUGCAUUGAUUGAACGCAAAUCACUAUGCCCGUUGCUCCCACGGGCUGUUUUUACAGGCGAUCUAGCCUGGGUUCUUGGAUGCAUCGCAGCUGGUUGGUCAAGUUUUGGUAUCAUCAUAUAUUACUUCUAUCAAUUUAUGGAAGUAGUCAAAGGGGACUCUCCGCUCUUGGCCACAGCCAAAUGGUCUGCUGCAGCAAUUUCCGGUGCCAUUGCGGCACUUAUCACUGGAUUCCUGCUUGGUCGCCUUCCGCCCAGCGUGAUCAUGUUUUGCGCAAUGGCAUUUUUCACGGCUGGUCUCUCAAUAUUUGCCACCGUGCCUGUCGACCAAACCUACUGGGCACAAGCAUUCGUGGUGAGCAUCACCACCUCGUGGGGAAUGGAUAUGUCGUUCCCCUCUGGAACGCUAAUUCUGAGUAAUUCCAUGCAUCGCCACCAUCAAGGGCUCGCUGCAUCCCUCGUGGCUACCACGGUCAACUACUCCAUCUCCUUGGGCCUUGGAUUUGCGGGCACAGUUGAAACCAAUAUCAAUGACACAGGACACAUAAUCAUUCGUGGCUACCGUGGUGCGCUGUAUUUGGGAAUUGGACUGGCGGGACUGGGCCUUGUGGUGUCAAUAUGUUUCAUGUUUACGAGUUGGCGACGGUAUCGCAAAGACCAAAAGGGCUGA